AAAGGUUAUUUUUGAAUGGUAGUUUCUUAAUAUAUGCUGGUAAAUAGUUUUACAUCUCGUGCUGUUGUUGUUACUUGACGAGCACUAGGACCCCGAUGUUUCGUGAUUCGAGUGGUCUGCACGCGCCCCUGUCAAAAGUGUAGUGUUGGCCACACGCGCUGCGCAGGAUGCUGCUGGUGUGCAUUACAGUGUCAUUCUACUCAACUGUUGCGGAGUACACAAGACAAAUACUCUUUUCGUAAUGGAGAUCACAGAUUCGACUUGUAUGGAGCAUCUGGUGAAGGAGUUGAGUCUGCUGCUGAAACUGCUGGAGAAUGAGAGCGUGAGUUCAGCCACGGCGGAGAAGAUGAGCGUGGUCAGGAACCUGGUCAAACAGCUGCAGCCGUCUGUGAAUGGAUCUGACUUUAUAUACAUGAACACAUCUCUCUAUGGAAAUGGUACCAGCUUUGUAGAAUCAUUGUUUGAAGAAUUUGAUUGUGACCUGCAGGAUCUCAGGGACUCUUCUGAGGAGAUCAAAGGGUUGGAACAGGAGGAGACAUCCAAACACCUGCCUGUAAAAUCGAGUCCGACAGACACGCCUCCUCCCCUUCCCACCACACCUCCACCCGAUGAUUACUACGAGGAGGCCGUGCCACUCGGACCGGGCACAGCACCUCAGUACAUAACCACACGCAGCAACCCCAGCCGUCCAAACUCAAUUGAGGAUGCUUACUACGAAGACGCCGAAAACAAUUACCCAACAACACGCAUGAAUGGGGCCAUCAAAAACUCCUAUAAUGAUUCAGAUGCACUCAGUAGUUCGUAUGAGUCAUAUGAUGAAGAGGAUGAGGAAGCCAAAAGCAGAGAGCGGACACACCAGUGGCCCUCAGAGGAAAGUUCACCAGGCCAAAUGAAAGACUACCGCAAAUGUGCCUUUCUCCUGCGCAAAAAGCGCUUCGGUCAGUGGGCAAAGCAGCUAACAAUCAUCCGUGAGAAUAGACUUCAGUGUUUCAAGAAUCCCAAAGAUCGUACUCCAUAUGUUGACCUACCCUUGAAUCUCUGCAAUGUCAUUUAUGUGCCCAAAGAUGGACGCCGCAAAAAGCACGAGCUUCGUUUCUCCAUGCCAGGAGGAGAGGCUGUGGUGUUGGCUGUACAGAGUAAAGAACAGGCCGAGAACUGGCUGAAGGUCAUUCAGGAAGUUAGUAAUCUGGCAAACACCAUUAAUGCAAAAGAGAGUUCAUCCUCUCCUAUGAUACUACGAAAACUAGAGCUGGACAAGAUGAUGUCACCAGAUAAACACACUUCUGAUUCUGACAGCGUGGCUAAUGGAGACAGUACCCGGGAGAGCUGUGAGAAUGGAAAAGGCAAAAAAGGAACGUUCUCUGAACUGACCGGAUCUAUGAGUCGAGCUGCCGGCAGGAAAAUCAACCGAAUCAUCAGUUUCUCCAAGAAAAAGCCUCCUCAACCAGGAGAAUCAAAUACGCUGUCCCAUUUAGAUGACAAUCCCCGUUGUGGUUACUUGAAUGUUCUGGUGAACCAGUGUUGGAAAGAAAAGUGGUGUUGUGUAAGGAAUGGAACCCUUUAUCUCCAUAAAGACAGAGGGGACAUUCACACCCAUGUUAAGUCUGUAGCCCUUCAGGGUGUGGAGGUCUUACCCGGUCUUGGGCCUAAACACCCUUUUGCCUUCCGCAUCAUGCGAGGAAGCACUGAAGUAGCAGCUUUGGAGGCGAGCUGUUCUGUAGAGAUGGGCCGCUGGCUGGGAGUUCUGUUGGCUGAAGCAGGCAGCACGACCACUCCAGAGGCGUUGCAUUAUGACUACGUAGAUGUGGACACGAUCAGUAGCAUCCAGAAUGCAGCACGCCACUCUUUUCUCUGGGCGACCUCCUCCAGCGGCACAUCCACAGACCCACGGACUUAUGAUGACGUGCCAUACGAAAGUGUGAUGAUGGAUGAGACGCAGUCUAAACUGAAGCGAUAUUCCUCUAUGUCCAGUGUGGAUACAGCAAAGGCUGAGACGCAGAUCACAGUGAAGCGACACGGUUCCUGUAUGUUCUCACUGGAAUCUGUGAAUCAUUAUGGUAAAUAUGGAAAGACAAGAGCAGAAGAAGAUGCUCGGCGAUAUGUUAGCGAGAAGGAGCACCUGGAGAAAGAAAAAGAAGCGAUCAGGAAAAACCUGCUGUCGCUCCGUACAGAGAAGAGGCAGCUAAAAGAAAAGAUAAAAAAUGCAACAGAAAAACAGCAAAAGGCUAUGGAGCAGCGCCUGGCUGAACUGGAAGCAAAUUGUCGUCAGAAGGAAGCUGAGCGUGUGGACCUUGAGUUACGACUGACAGAGGUUAAGGAAAAAUUAAAGAAGUCUCUGACUGGAGGGAUGCUGGGGGCACCUGUGGACAGCAAACCAGCCAUUAAGGUUAAAAAGAUGGAACCUAUUUACAGCGAUGGGACUGGACCAGUCAACUGUGCAUCUGAAAUGAAGAAACGUCCCCUGUCCAUCUAUGCAUCCACUAAAGGAAAUGUAAUGCAGAAAGCCAAGGAAUGGGAGUCAAAGAAGGGGAUUUAAGCACAGCACGGCUAUCAGGAGAAUGUGAGAAUAUACUGUAUGGCAUCCAAAGGCUUAAAGCAAUAACAAAGAGCAAGUCAAAGGAAAGACUGUGAUUCGGCACACAACUUUCAGACACAUUUGCAUUUGCAGAGAACAGACUUGAUUUAACAAGUUUGUUAAAGUCAUAUUAUGAAUGUUUAUAUUGUGUGGGUAAUAAGGAUAAGGGAAGUGUUUUGUAAACAUCAGUAUAAAAAUUACAAUGCAUGCCUGUCUUUAGAUAUUCUGUGAACUACACUAAAUCUUUUUAUUUCCAACUCUAUAAUGUCACAGAAACGCUGACCUGACCUUCCUGCUGAUUUCUUAUUGCAGUACUGAGAUAAAGUGGUAAUGUCCCCUUUGUGUUACAUGUGAAACUGAACUGAAGAUUUUUUACACUAGGGCGCUUCAUUUACCAAAUGUAUUUAUUUAUACUUUGUACAUAAUUCCAGUUAAAUGGAAAAUUUGUUUUUCUUCUCGUCUUUGUAAUGUCACUUUAACUGUUCAUAAUA